AUGGACAAUCUUACCACAGUGAGCACAUUCCUUCUCUGGGGAUUUUCCGGCUUCCCAGAACUGCAGGAUCUACUCUUUGUUGUGAUUUUCAUCUCCCAUCUGACCAUCUUAGUGGCAAAUGUGUCCAUAAUGGUAGCCAUCAAGCUCAGCCACAACCUUCACACCCCCAUGUACUUUUUCUUGUUUGGCCUGUCCUUGUCAGAAUCCUGCACCACGAUGGUAAUUCUGCCUCGCACAUUAGUGGACUUGUUCUCAGAGAGCAAGACCAUUUCUCUCCCUGAGUGUGCCACACAGAUGUUUUUCUUCUUUGGCUUUGCGGGAAACAACUGUUUCAUCCUGUCUGCUAUGUCCUAUGACCGUUACACUGCCAUCCACAAGCCCCUGAAGUACCCCAUCCUGAUGUCAAAGAAGAUCUGCUCCCAGCUCAUGGCGGCUUCUUGUGUGGUUGGGUUCUUUGUUUCUUUUUGCAUCGUCCUCAUUGUAUUCAAUUUGUCUUUUUGUAAUUCCAACAUCAUUCAGCACUUUUUCUGUGAUAUCGCACCUGUGGUCUCCCUGGCCUGUAAUAACACUUCUUUUCAGAAGAUUAUUCUCCUUGCCUUUACUGUCUUUGUGUUAGUGGGAAGCUUCAUUCUCAUUAUGACUUCUUAUGUCUUCAUUGUGGCCAUUGUCAUGAAGAUGCCAUCUACCAAGGGAAGGUAUAAGACAUUCUCAACUUGUUCUUCUCACUUGACCGUGGUGUUCAUCCAUUAUGGAUUUGCUUGCUUUAUCUAUCUGAGGCCCAAGAAUAGUAACUCAUUCAGGGGAGAUACACUAAUGGCUGUCACAUAUACCGUGCUGACGCCUCUGCUUAACCCCAUUGUUUACAGUCUACGAAACAAAGAAAUGCAGACAGCACUCAGGAAAGUCCUGGGCAGUGUAAAUAGGUUUCCUCCCCUUAGAUAG